AUGAAACUAGUACAUUUUUUGAUGAAAUUAACAAACGAAAAUGUAACUAUAGAACUUAAAAAUGGAACAUUAAUAACAGGGAUAAUAACAGCGGUAGACAUAAAAAUGAAUACACAUAUGAAAAAUGUGAAGGUUGUUAUAAAAAAUAAAAAUAUAGCUGAAUAUAAUGUAAAUACCAAACAAUUUUUAUCUUUAGAGCAUGUAACCAUAAGAGGUAAUAAUAUAAGAUAUUUUAUUUUAUCCGAUAGCUUACCCUUGGAUUCAUUAUUAGUUGAAGAUACAACACCAAAAAAAAUAUCUAAAGAUAAAAGCUUUUCACAUCGAGAUAAAGGAAUGUCCAAAGGUGCUAAAGGACGAGGAAGAAAAUUAUCUAAAAGAUAA